CUGAGAUCUACUACCAUUCAUUCUACCUACUCAUUCUCUUCUUAUUCAUUCUCUUUUGAAGCGAGCCUUCAAUCAUCUUAUUCGUCUAUACUUGCAUACUCGAGACCAAAGGCAGUUUGAUCUCUUAUCACCUUCACUCACACACAGGAGUAUCAAGAACCGAGAGACUAAUACAUUCGUCACUACACACGGCUUUAUAGCGCCAUCCACAGCCACCACCAUGCGUGAGACGAUGCGCAAGCACAACGAAAAGGGGGAUGCGGCCGGCCACAUAUCCUUCACGACUGCGUCUCACGGCCAGCACAACGGCCAGCACACCUCUCAGCCAACGACAUCGUCAGGGGCGGUUUUUGCAAAUCAUGAAAAGCAAAAACCCACACCCCUCCGCCCCUCGCACCCCUCAACCGACACACCACACCACACUCGCCCCCAGGGAGGAAUGGCUCGACCGCCGCUUCCAAACCCCUAUCCACCAACCUCUGCGAGGACAAACCUACCACAACAAGCACGCCCCCAACCGCAACGAGGCAACAGUCACGAUGCCGACUACCAUCUCCCCCAAACCACCUUCUCAACCUACUCCAUCUCCACCGCAACCCACCACGACCGCCCCCACUCCCCCAUCUUCCCCCUCUCGCAAAUCUCCCCUCUAACCCGCACCGCCCUCGCCCUCCACGACCUCAGCCCCGUCUCCCCAAUCCCCAUCUCCCCACUAACCCGCGAAGCGCUCGCACGCCAUGACGCCCUCACCACCUCGCAGGCGUCCUCCCGGUCUGCGAGGACAGAAUAUCGACCACACCCACCCCCGCAACUGCAGCAUCGCGGCCAGCGGCACCCACAACGACAACAACAACGGAAGAAAUCCGCGCCGCGGAGGCCUUCGUCGCCGCUCGCGAUCGUAGCGAGCACGCAGCACUCGACCGAGGCGCUGGUCACCCCGUUCCCGACGUACGAGCCCACACGCGAGGAGGCGGCGGAGUGGGCGCGGCGGGGGGCGCGGGCGGCGGAGAAGGCGAGGAGAAAAGAGUUGAGGGAGUUGAUUCGGCAGAGGAGGGGCAUGCAGCCUGAGAGACGGCGGCAGAAGAGGCAAGUACAGUUUAAAGGGGGGAAGGGGCAGCAGAAGAAGAUGAUGGCUAACUUGGCGGCUGAGCUUAGGGCACUGCAUGCGAGCGGACCCCGCGGGGAGGCGGAGGUGUUGGCGAGCUUUAUCCAUAAGCGGUGGCCGAAUCGGGAGAGGAUGGGGGAGGGGGGGAGAGGGGAGGGGGAGGUUUUUGCGGCUUUUUUGAGGAAGGCGUUUAAGUCGUGGGGGAAGGGGAGGAAGGAGGCGGACGUGCCUUUUAGGGCUGACCCUAUCCGUGGUGGUGCGGAGAGGGUUCCUGAACUCGAGGAGAAGCUGAAGGCGGUCAGGUAUGAGGACACGAUGGCUGGACGGGCGCCGAAAUUGGUGGAGAGGAUCACGCCUGAUCCGCCGCCUUUGCCGAUGGGGUUGCCGGUGGAGAGGAGUGAGCCAGAGAGGGGAAUGAAUGGGCAGACGUGGCAGACAGGCGAGGAGAGGUCGAGCGAGAGAGCUAUGUCACUCUCCCUUGAGGAGUUCAAUGCGAAGGCGCUGGAGGUGCACAAUGCCCACCAACGCAGAAAGGAAGAGGAAAGGAGGGCGGCGGCAAGUGGCAGCUCGACUCUCCCACCAGGGCUUAGGAAGUCGAAUGAGUCGGCCGCUAUCACGAUAGUCCUGGCCCAACAGCCCGAAAUUCAGCCUACCAGGCCAGCACGCUCAACGCGACCCGGAACCCCAGGAACUACCUCCUUCGGCCCACAGCCUCCCUCGUUCUCGUCACCAAGAACGCCUAAGACAACCGCGGAUGGAAUCCACCGUGGUGUUACUAGCCCACUGCAGUUUCAAGGGCCGCCAAGGAGACUCUCACCAAGACCGCCUCCUCCGCCUCCGAUUACGAUUCCCCAGGCGCCAACGAGACAGGCCCCGGGAAGACCUGCCCCAGUAAGACCCGAGCGAAGUCCUGUAGAUUUAGCCCGCAAUGCUGCGAUGAGAAAUCCCGUGGAGGUCAGGCCGUUCCCGCAGAGCCUUCGAGCUGGGAGAGCACAAGAGACGAAGCAAGAGAAAAAGAGCCCAUCGGGUUUGCUGAGUAGGUGGCAGCAGAAGCUGGUUGGGCUGCCUUUGAAGGGGCUCUUUGAGUCUCCAAGGACCACCAAGCAAGAGAGUGAACAACAAGUACAAACACCGGCACCGGAAAGGGGAACAGAGCACGACACAAAAUAUAACGAUGUCAUUAACGCAGCACUGGGUGCGCCGAAAGAGAAGGAUGACGAGGAGGAUAGAAAGAGUAAGCUGAAAGCGAUGAUCUCCUCACCAGGACCCCUUAUGUCCACGAACCGAAACGCCGUCAACGUUUCGGCGGCAAGUGGAGGGGUCGGGGGACUUCAUGCGGCGCUCUCCCUACCUUUCAGAAGCAAUUCUAGACGCGCGGUAGAAAAGGCACUACCACCACCACCACCAGCUCGGACAGAGUCGAGGGAGAAAGCAGGGAAGGAGAAGAAACUCAAGAUCCCAGCCCCAGAGACUGUGCACCCACCUAAGAUACUGAGUGCGAAGCACCAGAGACUCAGCAGCGGGACCACGUUCUCAGACUUCCUGCACCCAGAGCUCGGCAAGUCUGUAUUCAGUCGCACCCCGAAGACUCCCAAGAUUCCUAGGAAGCCUGUACAACAAAGAAAGGGCUCCGACGAAAGCUUUGCCUGCCAAGGCAUUGGAGAGGAAAGAGAGGGGGAGGCGCCGUCCAGUCCAACGAGUACCUAUCGCUCAGGACUUCCACCCAGCGUGUACGGGCCAGGUACGUUGAUUCCAGAAGUGCAAACAGCACGUAUAGAUUCUGAUAUGAGUUUCUCUUGCAAAGGUCCAUACGAUGACGACCAUCGGGAUCUUCACGAACCACCGACACCGAUAACCCGUCACGGUGUUGGUCCUAGCAAUCCAGCAGGUGGGUUUAGUGGCAGACAUCGUGCAAGCAAUGCACGUGCUCCGACUUUCCCGGGAUAUGGACAGCACGUUGCCGAAGCGCGUGCGCCGCCUUCCCGAGGACCAGGAGUGUUAGGGAGACAGCCUAGGAAAAAACUUCUCUACCAGUUUGAAGAAGAUACGGACGACGAGGCUGAGUACACGCCCCACCCGCUAGUGGUUAGGAAGUCUGCUAACAAUACUCCUGAUAAUUUGCCACCGGUGCAGGAAGAGGCGUUGGCCAGUCCGCCAGGGGUGCAGAGACCCAGGCCGCGAGAUACUCGGUUCUACGAGCCGUACCGGAAGCUAUUGGAGGAGUAUGAACGGUAAGGAGAGGGGUAUUCGCGACUAACUUUAGACCUUUCUUUCUCGUAGAUGUGGUGUCGGGAUCGGUAGAUCGAAGUAUUUGUAAAUAUGAAAUUCUAAUAAUA